AACGUAAGAGAGGCUGUUCAGCUUGAAAGGAAGGGGUAAAAAUCGAAGAGGGGUGGGGGACAAAAAUAUCCUGAAAGUUGGAUCUAUAAUUGGCCCUGCUUUUUAUGUGUGAGUGAAGCAUACGCUAUAGAAGCCACCCCGUCACCCCCUCCACCACCACCACCACCAGCGCCUUGAAACCCAAUACCACUCCCACCACCACUGCACUGUUCCCUCCCACUCUGUGCAGCCAUCCACAAGGUUCUUUCAACCCAUCUCACAUUUUUAACUGCACACUGGAUUUUCACCCAGGAUUAUUUCAACAAAUUUUACGCCACUUGAGUGCAAUUUGGAGAAAGAUGCUGUGGGGCUGCUGAUACGGGCGGUAAGGGCCUGCAGGCAAGUGGUCGCCUUCGCGCCUCCAGUGGAGCUGAUUAACAAGGCAGAUUAGAGACUUGGAUGGUGCUAAUAAGAUCAAGAGAACCGUGUCAAACCAUGUCUCAGAUGGAAUUCCGACUGGGCUUUAGGAUCACGCUGGUCUUGGUCAUCCUGGCUGUGACUCUUUCUGGGCAGAGAGUGGAAGCGCAGCGGGCAGGGUGCAAAAAUGUCCACUAUGACCUGGCGUUCAUCCUGGAUACCUCGUCCAGUGUGGGCAAGGAGAAUUUUGAGAAGAUCAGGCAAUGGGUGGCCAACCUGGUGGAGUCUUUUGACGUAGCCCCAGACAAGACCCGAGUGGCCGUCGUUCGUUACAGUGACCGCCCCACCACCGAGUUCCACCUGGGGAGAUACAGGACCCUGGAGGAGGUGAAGCAAGCCGCCAGGAACAUACGCUACCUGGGGGGGAAUACAAUGACUGGGGAUGCUAUCAGCUACACCACCAACAACAUCUUUUUGGAACAAAACGGAGCGAGGCCCGCGGCCAGGGGAAUCCAGAAGGUGGCCAUCCUGCUCACGGACGGCCGAAGUCAGGAUUACGUCCUGGAGCCCUCCAGUGCGGCCGCCCAGGCAGGCAUCAGGAUGUUUGCGGUGGGCAUCGGUGAGGCCCUGAAAGUGGAGCUGGAGGAGAUUGCGGCAGAGCCAAAGAACGCUCACGUCUUCCACGUGACUGACUUCAACGCCAUUGAUAAGAUCAGGGGCCGACUCAGGAGGAGGCUGUGCGAAAAUGUAUUAUGCCCAAACAUGAAGGUACACCCUGAUCGCUUUAAACAGGAAAGCACCAGUUAUGGCCUUCAGCAAGUUCCAGGCUUUGACCUGAUGGACUACUUCAGCGUUCGAGAUAUUCUGGGCACCAGACUUGAUGAGGGUCAGAGUGCGUACGUUCGGCUUGGCACCAUGCCGAUUGUGCAGCAGACAGAGGACGUGUUCCCUCAGGGGCUGCCGGAUGAGUACGCCUUUGUAACAACGUUCAAAUUCCGGAAAACCUCAAGACGAGAAGAUUGGUACCUCUGGCAAAUCUUUGACAAAUAUGGAAUCCCGCAGGUGUCUAUCAGGCUGGACGGUGAGAACAAGGCGGUGGAGUACAACGCCGUAGGGUUAACCAAAGACGCCGUCCGAGCUGUUUUCAGGAACUCCGAAGUGGACAACCUCUUUGACCGCAACUGGCACAAAAUAGCCCUGAGCGUGGAGGCCAAGACCGUGUCUCUCUACCUGGACUGUAAACACAUUCAGACACUGCCCAUUGGCGACAGGGAGGACAUCGAUAUCCAAGGAAAGACGGUCAUUGGGAAGAGGUUGUAUGACAGCGUGCCAAUUGAUUUUGACCUCCAGAGGAUGGUUAUUUACUGCGACUCCAAACAUGCCGAGCUGGAAACCUGCUGCGAUUUACCCAAUGGGCCUUGCCCUAAGAAGGUUGUGACUGAGGCUCCUCCUAUCGCGAUCCCCACUCCGACGCCCACUACAGUUGAGCAGCAGAGGGGCCCCCAAGCCAACUGCUCAUGCCCUGCUGGAGACAAGGGAGAGGCUGGUGCACCUGGCCGUGCAGGUCUCAAGGGUGAAAAGGGUGAAACCGGCCUUCGAGGUGCCACUGGUUUUUCGGGCCUCAAAGGAGAAAAGGGAGAAAGUGGCAACGUCAUCUCUGGUAGAGGUGAGAAGGGUGAUAGAGGCAACAUAGGGCUGACAGGUGCUCCUGGACAAAGAGGAGAGAAGGGAGCCAGCGGUUUUCCCGGUAUCGAUGGUCUAUCUGGAGAAAAAGGCGAAAAAGGAGAGGCUGGGCGGACUGGCAAUCCAGGACUUCCUGGUCUGAUUGGAGAAAAGGGCGUUCAAGGUGAUGCAGGCUAUCCAGGAACACCAGGACUAAAAGGUGUCACUGGUGACGAGGGGAAAAAAGGUGAAAAGGGAUCAACAGGAGCCAGCGGUGAGCGCGGCUUCGAUGGAUUACCUGGAAAACCCGGCAUUCGCGGCAAAGAUGGCUUGAGGGGAGAGGCUGGCUUGCCCGGAGCCAGUGGGGGAAAAGGUGAUAAGGGAGAGCGAGGAAUCCCCGGAUUACCUGGUGAUGUGUACCAAAAAGACGGUCUACGGGGAGAAAAGGGAGAACUUGGGCUCCCAGGGCUUCCGGGGGCUGACGGCCCACCCGGACCACCUGGUCCCCCAGGACCACAGGGGAUACCAGGGGAACCUGGGGAGUUUGGACAAAGGGGAAAGAAAGGUGAAAGUGGAUUGCCUGGAGUGGAUGGACUCCCCGGACCAAUCGGUCCGCAGGGUCCACCAGGACCACGGGGGAACAAUGGCAACACUGGACCUCCUGGUCUGCCAGGUGAAAUUGGAUUUUCCGGCAAACCUGGCGAGGCUGGAAAGCCUGGUGCUCCUGGUAAAGAUGGCCUGGAUGGUCUUCCUGGGAAUGAUGGUGCUAUGGGGCCCAGAGGAGAGCGCGGAGCAGAUGGCUUUCCUGGCAAAGCCGGACCAAAGGGAGAUGAUGGGCCUCCUGGACCAAGAGGACCUCCGGGGGAGAGAGGAUUGGCUGGCGCACCUGGUGUAGCUGGUGCUGAUGGAGCAAGAGGAGAGAGGGGAAGUCCUGGUGACAGGGGUCAGGAUGGACCACUGGGUCCAAAAGGUGAAAAGGGUGACAAGGGUGAAGUAGGAGCCAGGGGACUGCCCGGCAUACCCGGAAAUGUAGCAAGUGUCAUUCCUGAGCCGGGUGAACCUGGAAAGCCAGGAGAAAAAGGAGAGAAAGGGGACCAAGGACAGACUGGAGAAAUGGGCCCGAGAGGAUUACCUGGUGAGCAAGGCUUUAAGGGUCCACCUGGACUACCGGGUGCAAAAGGGGACACGGGACCUCAAGGAGAGGCAGGACGUGUUGGGGACCCAGGGCCUCCUGGUGUAGCUGGUCCUCAAGGCCCUCGCGGGCUACCGGGCAACUUGGGUUUACCAGGUAUCGCUGGGCCUCCUGGUCCUGCUGGAGAGAGAGGAGAAAAGGGUGAGUCAGGCAAACCAGGGCAGGCAGGUCAACGAGGACAACCCGGGGAGCCUGGUUUGAUCGGACCGCCAGGACCAGCAGGGAAGGGAAAAGAUGGACUUACUGGAGAACCAGGACCACGGGGAAAUGAAGGACCCCCAGGGCCAAAGGGCCCCCCAGGGUCAAGAGGAGAGCCAGGGUUACCAGGGGACAGAGGCUCCCCAGGGGAAGGCAAAACAGGACCUCAGGGGCCCCCUGGAAAUAAUGGCAAUCCUGGACCACCUGGCUUGAGGGGCCUACCUGGCAUCCCUGGUCCCGAUGGGCCCGCGGGACAUAACGGCCUACCGGGAAGGCCUGGAGAGAAGGGAUCACCUGGAGAGCCUGGAAAAGCAGCAGACCUUUCUGACAUCAAACUUAAGGACAUCUGCUCAGACUGCCCAGCAGGUCCCCCUGGACCAGCCGGUGUCCCAGGACUGCCGGGCGAUAAAGGACAACAGGGACCUCCUGGGAAAGAUGGUCAAGAUGGCUAUCAAGGCGCACCGGGACUACCGGGACCUCAAGGACCUCCUGGAGCUGAUGGAGGAAAGGGACUUAAAGGUGAUCGAGGUACUUCUGGAAUGCCAGGAGAUAAAGGAGAAAAGGGUCACCCUGGACCUCCAGGCCACCCUGGUCCAGCUGGAAUGAUCGGCGCAGCGGGUAAUGAUGGACAACCUGGUCCACCUGGUCCCCAAGGACCCCCUGGAGAGAAGGGCAAAGAGGGUCUCAAAGGCAUCCAGGGUCCACCGGGUCUUCCUGGCAUGAUCGGUCCACCUGGAAAAAUAGGAAAGGACGGUAUACAAGGUGAACAAGGAGAACCAGGCAAACAAGGUGAACGUGGACCACUUGGAAACCCUGGGCUCCGUGGACUCCCAGGCUUCAAGGGCCACAGAGGAGAACAUGGUUCUACUGGGUCAAAGGGAGAAGAUGGAAAGCCUGGAUUACCUGGACGGGACGGCAAACCUGGAAAAGAGGGUCCAAAGGGGCCUCAUGGACCAGAAGGACCCAUUGGACCAAGAGGCGAGCCGGGCAAGCAGGGUGAACCAGGGCCGUCAGGCAAAGCAGGUCUCCCAGGAACUCCAGGUAUGAGAGGGGAAAGGGGAGAGCCCGGCAAUCCAGGAUUACCUGGCUUCAGUGGACCCAAAGGUCCUCCGGGUCCGCCUGGUCCUGCUGGUCCAGAAGGGAAACAGGGAGUCCCAGGCCGAGCAGGUGAUCGUGGCCUUAAGGGGGAAAAAGGUGACUCGGGCAUGAAAGGAGAUAAAGGACAAUCAGGAGAACCAGGUAUACCAGGAAACACAGGACCACCUGGCAGAAAGGGCCACACUGGGAUGAUGGGCAUGUCAGGACCACCCGGUGAAGUGGGAUCUCCUGGCCCUCAAGGACCUUCUGGGAACCCUGGAAUGCCAGGCCCAAGAGGGGAGUCCGCAUCACUGGAGCAGAUGAGAAGGCUCAUUCAAGAGGAAUUGGCCAAGCAAUUGGAUGCUAAAUUGGCCUACCUUAUGGCUCAGAUGCAACCAGCCCACGUGAAGAGUUCGACGGGGCGCCCGGGACCACCCGGUCCUCCGGGUAAAGAGGGCCUCCCUGGACGACCUGGCCCACCCGGUGAACCGGGCAUACCCGGAAUAAAUGGUGGAGAAGGACUGAGGGGACCCAUGGGUCCAAAAGGUGAAAAGGGUACUAAAGGAGACAAGGGAGAUUCUGGGAUUGGUGAAAGAGGAGAGCAAGGCCCCCCUGGUGCAAUAGGUCCAACUGGUAUGCCUGGUUAUGGUAAAGACGGAAGCCCAGGACAAGCUGGAGCCCAAGGGGAGCCAGGUAACCCUGGCCCCCACGGUCAACCCGGCCCUCCAGGACCUUCUGGCCAAUGUGACCCUUCCCAGUGUGCCUACUACGCCAGCCUUGCGAACAGACCUCACACGAAAAAUGUCAAGGGGACUUAACUUUUUAAAAAAAAAAGAUGACACCAAGAGUUUGAAGUAUAGCUGUAUUUAUGAACAUUGUAGUGUCUGACUAAAAGAACAUUUUAACCUCACUUUUGGAGGACUGACGCAAUAAGUGCCGAUGGUUGUUUUUUUUUUUUUUUUCGUUUUGUUUUCUUUUUGUUUUUGGUAUGACGCUUGCAAUUGAUGGGGAAUGGACGCUGGGGACUUUGGAAGAUGGAAUGUGGCGUAAAGAGGGCAGCUAAAUGUGUUUUCCUGUCUUGCAUGCUUUCUGUAAAAUAUAUUGGGAGAGAAGACGGACGAUGCAGGUCCCUCCAGGUAUGUCAAGCUAUAGAUUUUUCUCAGUGUUACUAACUGCUCACUACAAGAUCGCCGCUUUAGUUUUUGGGUAAUCUCUUGGUUUUGGGGUUAUUUUACUGAUUUUGGGUGGGCGGUUGGGGCUUUGGGAGAUGGUAGACCACAUUUGUGCUUCUUAUGUAUCCUUGAGUGGGAACAUUUUCACCCGCUUGUCCAAAAUGGAGGUAAGUCUCAGUACCUUUCUUCUUAAUUAUGUUUAAGCUUUAACAAUGGAAUAAACCUACGGCCAUGCAUUUCACCUUCCGCUCUCCCAAAUCAUUGAUUUGAGCUUUUCUACCUCUGGGAGAGAUCGGAAGAGUUUUUUUAAUGACAAAAUCUGGCUCGUUCUACAAAAAAGACUUUGCAAGUGAGUUUGCGUGGAAUUAAUAGUGAGUGACUUUAUCUAGCAGUUUUCAUUUAUUGAAGAGGGAAUAACUUGCCACGUUUGUCACCACGUUGACUUGAGUGCUGAACUGCUUAGGUCAUGACUAUCGUUCACUUUUUUGAGAGGCUCGUUGCUUUAAACCACUUUCUUGUGUGACACUUGGUAACUUUUUGCUGAGGCUUAUUCGGAGUUUAUAAGUGCAGGCCAAGAACACCGAUUUAUUUGUCCCCCAGUUUCUUGUCAAAUGUACUGGUCAUCUAGAACUUAUAGUAUAGGGUUGUCUUUUGUAUAAAAUGCAUUGCAUUUGGCUUUCUUUGGAAAAAUUUACGCCAAAAAAAAAAAAAAUCCAUUGGUUAUUACAAAAAUUAACCCAAGGAGCGGUUUUUCAAAAACCCCAACAAACUAGAUCAGAAUUUGUAAAAACAAUUGCAUUGCUAUCCAUUUUAAUUUAUGUGAUGAUGCAUAACUUGAAAAUCAGUGAUUCCAUGUCUGCUAUCUGUUUUCAUUUGGAUGGUCUUAACAUGAGAGUAGUUAUGUCUCAGAAAACACAGAACCAUUUGCUUACCUAUUCUGAUUGCAAGAGUAUAUCCCAAGUCCUUAUAUUACAUACUGCAAUAUACUUUGAGUUUAUCUUGGGAAAAUGGUGCUAAAAAGUUUUAAAAUAGUCAGUAUUUGAAAGGCUUGUGUAAUGUACUGUACUAUCAAGACUGGAAUAAAUUCAUCUCAAACCA